AUGUCUCAAGCCCCGAGUGGCAAAAAGGGCGGGAAGGGCCCGCCGAAAAAAGUUCCUGAUGAGGAUAAAAUUAUACCAAAAGUUGAGGAGAAAGAUGAUACUUCUUCAAAUAAUGGAGACAAGAAAGAGGUUAAAGAAAGCAAUGGGAUGGGUGACGUGCCUAAGCCUCCUAGUGCGGGGGUCAAUAUGCGGGAAGCUGCUGCAAAAAUUCUGGUACUGGCGCAAAAAGGAGAAUGGCCUGCAGUGGAACAAACCCUCAAGGUGUUGGAAAAGUUGGUGGCGGCUGGCGGAGAAGAUAUUGUAUCUGUACCGAUGGCUGGGAUAAUCGACCCGACAACCGGUAUGACACCACUUAUGUAUGCUGUAAAGGACAACCGUACAUCUUUUGUGGAGAGGCUCAUUGAACUCGGUUCCGAUGUUGGCGCCAGAAAUAAUGACAACUACAAUGUUCUCCACAUAUCAGCAAUGUACUCCAGAGAGGACAUCGUCAAACUUUUGCUAUCUAAAAGAGGUGUUGAUCCUUUUGCUACAGGAGGGAGCCGUCAACAAACUGCGGUGCACCUAGUGGCGAGCAGACAAACUGGCACUGCUACUAGUAUUUUACGUGCCUUACUCACUGCUGCCGGCAAAGACAUAAGACUACGUACAGAUGGGAGAGGCAAGAUCCCGCUACUGCUAGCAGUGGAGGCUGGCAACCAGAGUAUGGUCCGCGAGCUUCUCAGUGCGCAGACGGCGGAACAACUUAAGGCCUCCACUCCAGCGGGUGAUACAGCGCUUCACUUAGCAGCUAGAAGACGAGAUGUGGACAUGUCCCGCAUCCUUGUAGACUACGGUGCGGCAGUAGAUGCGGUUAAUGGGGCAGGACAAACAGCCCUUCAUAUCGCUGCAGCGGAGGGGGAUGAACCUCUUGUUAAAUACUUUUAUGGAGUGCGCGCUAACGCUGCUAUUGCCGAUAAUGAAGAUCGAACUCCAAUGCAUUUAGCGGCGGAAAACGGACAUGCGGCUAUUAUAGAAUUAUUGGCUGAUAAGUUCAAAGCGUCCAUCUUCGAAAGAACAAAAGACGGCAGCACGUUGAUGCAUAUUGCUUCACUUAACGGCCACGCGGACUGCGCUAUGAUGCUGUUUAAGAAAGGAGUAUACCUUCAUAUGCCGAACAAGGAUGGUGCACGUAGUAUCCACACAGCGGCGAGGUACGGUCACGUCGGCAUAAUCAACACACUAUUGCAAAAAGGGGAGAGCGUCGAUGUCACCACUAAUGAUAACUACACAGCUCUUCACAUAGCAGUCGAGUCAUGCAAGCCCGCUGUGGUGGAAACCUUACUGGGCUACGGCGCCGACGUGCACAUACGCGGCGGCAAGCAACGAGAGACCCCGCUACAUAUCGCUGCUAGGAUACCUGAUGGUGAUAAAUGCGCGUUAAUGUUAUUGAAAUCGGGAGCUGGGCCAAAUAAAGCAACAGAAGAUGGGAUGACUCCAGUACAUGUAGCUGCAAGAUAUGGAAACCUUACUACUUUGCUCCUUUUGCUAGAAGAUGGAGGAGAUCCGUUAAGAAAAACAAAGACAGGUGAAACACCUCUCCAUAUGGCAUGUCGAAGUUGUAAACCAGACGUAGUACGACAUUUGAUAGAAUUCGUUAAAACACGCAAAGGAGACAAAUUUGCUACUAUGUACGUUGACGCAGUAGACGAAGACGGAGCGAGCGCUUUACAUUUUGCUGGUCAAAUAACUAAAGAAGAAGUCAAAGUAGCCUCUGCUGAUAAAGAAGUUGUUAAAUGUCUCAUGGAAAAUGGAGCCGAUGUCAAUUUACAAACAAAACACAAUCAAGAAACAGCAUUUCACUUUUGUGCAAUAGCCGGUAAUAAUGAUGUGUUGACAGAAAUGAUCACUGAUAUGUCAGCGGCUGAUGUGAGCAGAGCUUUGAAUAAACAAAAUUCUAUUGGAUGGACACCUUUAUUAAUUGCAUGUAAUCGUGGACAUAUGGAACUUGUAAACACUUUACUAUCAAAUCAUGCAAGAGUAGAUGUAUUUGAUAUUGAAGGAAGAUCUGCUUUGCAUUUAGCUGCAGAGCAUGGAUAUCUGCACGUAUGUGAUGCUUUAUUAACAAAUAAAGCAUUUAUUAAUUCAAAAGCGCGAAAUGGCCGAACAGCUCUUCAUUUAGCGGCUAUGAACGGCUACGCUCAUUUGGUAAAAUUUUUAAUAAGAGAUCAUAAUGCGAUGAUCGACGUUCUUACAUUGAAGAAGCAAACUCCACUACAUUUAGCGGCAGCAAGUGGCCAAAUUGAAGUUUGCAAGUUGUUACUUGAACUUGGUGCCAAUAUUGAUGCUACAGAUGAGUUAGGCCAGAAACCCAUUCAUUCUGCUGCACAAAACAAUUAUUCAGAAGUGGUACAGUUGUUUUUACAACAGCAUCCAAACUUAGUAAUGGCCACUACUAAAGAUGGAAAUACUUGCGCGCACAUAGCAGCUAUUCAAGGAUCUGUAAAAGUGAUAGAAGAACUAAUGAAAUUUGAUAGGACUGGUGUAAUAUCAGCGCGAAAUAAAUUAAAUGAAUCAACACCUCUACAAUUAGCUGCAGAAGGUGGUCAUGCGGAUGUUGUCAGAGUAUUGGUAAGAGCUGGAGCUUCUUGUACAGAUGAAAAUAGAGCAGGUUUAACAGCAGUUCAUUUAGCAGCUGAAAAUGGGCAUACCAACGUAUUAGACGUUAUGCGUUCUACAAAUACAUUGCGGAUAUUAAGUAAAAAAUUAGGAUUGACACCCUUACAUAUCGCUGCGUAUUACGGACAAGCAGAAACUGUUCGCGAACUCUUAUCAUAUGUGCCAGGAACCGUAAAAUCUGAGCCUCCAACAGGAGUAUCGCUGGUACCAAUACUAGGCGCAGAAUCUGGUCUAACACCACUGCAUCUUGCCGCUUACAAUGGUAACGAAAAUGUCGUACGAUUGUUACUCAAUUCUGCUGGUGUACAAGUUGACGCUGCUACUAAUGAAAAUGGAUACAAUCCCCUUCAUUUAGCAUGUUUUGGAGGACACAUGUCUAUAGUUGGUUUGCUCUUAAGUAGAUCAGCAGAGUUACUACAAAGUACAGAUAGACAUGGAAAAACUGGUUUACACAUUGCAUCCACACAUGGACACUAUCAAAUGGUAGAAGUCUUACUUGGGCAAGGCGCUGAAAUAAACGCAACAGACAAAAAUGGGUGGACUCCCUUGCACUGUGCUGCAAAGGCGGGAUAUUUAAACGUAGUUAAAUUAUUAUGUGAAUCAGGAGCAUCGCCAAAAAGUGAAACUAACUUAAAUUGUGCUCCAAUUUGGUUUGCUGCUUCAGAAAACCAUAACGACGUACUGGAAUAUCUUUUGCACAAAGAACACGAUACCCAAUCAUUAAUGGAUGAUAAAAGAUUUAUUUAUAAUCUUAUGGUGUGUUCAAAAAACCAUAAUAACAUCCCCAUAGAAGAAUUUGUGCUAGUUUCACCAGCGCCUGUUGAUACAGCGGCUAAAUUAUCAAACUUAUACAUCAAUUUAUCAACUAAGGAAAAAGAGCGUGCCAAAGACCUUAUAGCGGCUGGGAAACAAUGCGAAGCAAUGGCUACAGAAUUAUUGGCAUUAGCGGCUGGUGCUGACUCUGCCGGUCAUAUUCUUACCGCUACAGAUAAUAGAAAUAUAGAAUUUUUAGAUGUAUUAAUAGAAAACGAACAAAAAGAGGUCAUCGCACAUACCGUCGUGCAGAGAUAUCUUCAGGAACUCUGGCGCGGGAGCCUCAAGUGGACUGGCAUCAAAAUUAUGUUCCUUUUUUUCGCAUUUAUAAUUUGUCCGCCAGUCUGGCUCGUCUUUUCCCUUCCAUUAGGCCAUAAAUAUAAUAAAAUUCCUAUAAUUAAGUUUAUGUCAUAUUUAACAUCUCAUAUAUACCUUAUGGUAUUAUUAUCAUUAGUGGCGAUAACGCCUAUAUAUAAUUCAAUAUUUAGAGAAAGUUUAGUGCCUAGAUGGUAUGAAUGGAUGCUGCUUGUGUGCUUAAGUGGUCUUUUACUUUUCGAAUUAACAAAUCCUAGUGAUAAAUCUGGUUUAGGAUGGAUAAAGAUAGCAGUUUUAUUAUUAGGUAUGAUCGGCGUGGCAACCCACGUCAUAGGAUGGAUUUCUGUACAACCUAAGUAUUGGCCAACUUUAAUGUACUGUAGAAAUCAAUUUUUUGCCUUAUCAUUUUUGUUAGCUUGCGUACAAAUAUUGGACUUUUUAUCAUUCCACCACCUGUUCGGCCCUUGGGCUAUUAUUAUUGGUGACUUAAUGAAAGACUUGGGAAGAUUUCUUGCAGUUUUAGCAAUAUUCGUAUUUGGAUUCUCAAUGCAUAUUGUAGCUUUAAAUCAACCUUUCCGAAAUAUAUAUAAACCGGAAGACAACAAAUAUGCAAGACAAGCCAGAAGAAAAAUAUUCUCAGACGUGACCAUGAACCCAAUAUACUCCUUCGAGCUGCUAUUCUUCGCGGUGUUUGGUCAAACAACCACAGAACAAACGAGGGUCCACCGAAAUGACAGCAACACACAGCCGGCCUGGACCAACUAUUUGUUCAAAAUUGUUUUCGGCAUCUACAUGCUGGUGUCGGUGGUUGUAUUAAUAAAUCUACUCAUUGCCAUGAUGUCAGACACGUAUCAAAGGAUACAGGCACAAUCAGAUAUAGAGUGGAAGUACGGUUUGUCAAAACUUAUCCGUAAUAUGCAUCGUACAAACACAGCGCCAUCUCCGCUUAAUUUAGUAACGACUUGGCUUAUGUGGUUAAUACAUAGAUGUAAGGAACGACUAAGCAAGAAAAAGCGGCCCAGUUUAGUACAUAUGAUCGGGAUGCAGCGUCAGGACCAGUUGAGCGCGAGAUCCAAAGCCGGAGCUAAAUGGCUAUCAAAAGUUAAAAGAGGGCAAGUUGUACCAAAAGAUACUACACGUUUGUCCGUCGUGCAUUUGAGUCCUUUAGGCUCACAACUCAGUUUUAGUAAUAUGACGAGGAUAGAAAAUGUAGUUGACUGGGAGAUAAUCGCCAAGAAGUACAGAGCGUUAACGCGAGACGAGCCGGAUGAACCUGUUAACAAGGAAAGCGAAACGGAUUCUGUUGAUGAGGAAACAGAAAUAGUUCCUAACAACAUAGCGGCGGCUCCGCCU